AUGGAUAAUUCGAAUAGUGAAUUUAGCGAAAAACCAGCUCCACAUGAGCAUCAGCCGCGCUUAAACGAAGUAGCGCAGAAAUUCUUGGCCGAUUUAGAUGAGGAACGCCAGCGCCUGUCCGCCGAGUUCCCAUUAUGCGCCUUGCUAAUUGACGAAGCCGUGGAUCGUGUGUACUGCACAGGUCGCAUACCUGGCCGCGAGUUUUACGCCGACGUUUACAAACAGAAGCCAAUGAAAAUAACACAAAAGGUGUUCGUGCCAGUCAAGCAAUACCCAAAGUUCAAUUUCACUGGAAAGAUUCUGGGUCCCAAAGGCAACUCACUGCGUCGCCUGCAAGACGAAACACAAUGCAAGAUUGCCAUUAAAGGGCGCAGCUCCAUACGUGACCGCAGCAAGGAGGAGCAGCUGCGAAAUUCUGGAGAUCCGCGCUAUGCUCAUCUACAAAAGGACCUCUUCCUAGAAGUCAGCACUGUGGCCACGCCAGCUGAGUGCUAUGCACGCAUCGCUUACGCCCUGGCCGAGAUCCGUAAGUAUCUAAUUCCAGACAAAAACGACGAAGUCUCACAUGAACAGUUGCGCGAGCUCAUGGAAAUGGAUCCGGAGUCUGCCAAAAACAUUCACGGGCCUAAUCUGGAGGCAUACAGAUCCGUUUUUGACAAGAAGUUCGGUGGCAGCAGCGGCGCACCGAAAUACUUGAAUCUUAUCAAGAGAACAGCGGAAAAUCCGCCCGAAGCUGAGGAGGCUGAAGAGGUGGCCUACGAGUAUGAUCAUCGCAUGCCCAAGCGUAGCGCACCAUCGGGCUAUGAAUACACCAAACCACGCCCAUCAAUAAUACCAACAAACGCAGCUGCAUAUAAACGGCCUCAGCCAUACCAAACUGACAUGAAACGUAUGCGCGAACCUCCCAUCAAGUCUUAUAAACCGAAUACGUACACCAUUCUGAAAAAGUAUAAAUAAUACGCAAAUUCUCUAAGAAAAUAUAAGUUGAAAAUACAUAUACAUAUAAAAGGACAAGCGAAGAAGCGAUGUAAUAGUUAAAAAAAAAAAAGAAAAAACUUCAAGAAUAAUAUUAAUUUGAAAAUCAAGAAAACAUUUCAAUUUAUUUUGGCCUUGGAUGGAAAGACACUUUUGAAAUUUCCAAUGCUAAAUAAAUAUGAAAUAUAUAAUACAUUAAUUAAAGGAUAACAAGUUUUUAAUUUCUAUUAUAAUGUUCACGCCUUAUCACACUCCCUGUAAGUAUUCACAUAAUUCGGCACGUUGAAGGAUGUGAGCAUUCCGAAGGCCAACCAAAUUAUUCUUACUUUCGAAAUAUAUUUAACUAAGUAUGGAGUGAAAGAAAUAAACGAAAUAAUUUUAAUAAACUAAAAGCAGCUGAUAAACAUUUGAUUAUAAUAGAUACAAUACAAAUAACGCCUUUCCAAUGAGUUUGUCACUAGCAAUAGAAUUUAUAAAUAAAAUAAAACUUUUAUAACAGCCAGAGUGCUUAUUAAAUCAGCAUCAAAAAGUACAGUACCACUUUGUUUAUAAACAAUUAAAUUUGGAUAAAUGCAUAUAUUUAAAUAUCAAUGAAAAGUUCAAGUUUAUAACAAAAUAUGCGCAUAU